ACCCUCGGACUCUCUCUAGUCGGGAAGUUUCCCCCGCACGACGGAGAAGGUCCCGAUCGGAGAGCUCACGCAUGUUGCCACCGUGCUAGAGCCCGCAGGCUGCUGUUGCGGCCGGCAAGCAGAUCCGUCGUCUCGGCCGCUUCAGCACCACACCCAGCACCGGCGACCCACUACCGCCAAAGCCCCACCAGCUACCCCGAGGAGGAGGGGCAGCUUCACGCCUGUGAUGGCUCGGUAGGCGCUGACGGCUGGCGCAGAGGAGGCUGUGGCCGGUGAACAGCGGCAACCCUCCUGCGGAGUCCUUUGAUCUUUUUUGCAAAAAUCAGCAUGUCGCAGGAGCAGACAUUGGAGGAAGUUUUUUCUCCAUUUUUGAUGCAAUUAGAAAAAGCAAAACGUGUUCGUUUGAAACCAGAUGAGGAUAGUUCACUUUCAGAUAUUACACUUCUGUUUGAAAAUAUCGAGAAAGAAGCCCACGAAGUCAAGAAUAUACUACAGAGAGUGUUGAAAUGGGAAAAUGAGGUUAUAAAUGACUUUGGAGGAAUAGCUCGACAUUUGGAUGAUAUCAUAGAAGAAGACAGCCAGCUCAAUUCAAUACGUUCCAAGCUUCAAAUUGUCAACACUGAAAUGUCCAACUUAAAAGAUCGCAUGCGACUUCCUCUCCAUGUUCCUGUGAUUAAACCAGCAGCUCCUACACCCUUGUCAUCUAUACCAUCUAAAUUGGUUCAUGCAAAUGUUUCGGAGCAAUGGAAAAGGCUAGAGAUUGAGAGGAAAAUCCUUGAGAGCCCCACCAUGUCUAACUUGCAGCUCAGCUAUGAUAAUCUUGAUCUGCAGCUGAAGCUGUGCUUGUUAUGCUUCUCUAUCUUCCCAGAAAAUUCCAUCAUCAGCAAGAGGGCCAUGAUCCAUUGGUGGAUUGGCGAGGGGUUAGUAGCAGCCACAAGAAGUCAGACAGCCGAAGAUGUCGGAAAUGAUUGCUUUGAGAAGCUGAUUGCUCGAGAGAUGAUUGAACCUGUGUACCAGAAACGUAGCUGUGGUGUCAACCAAUGUAAGUUGCAUGCUUGGAUUCGACGUAUGUUGAUUACUGUUGCAAGGCAGGCACGGUUUUUUGAAUUUGAUUCAGAUGGCAAUGCAACAUGGGACUUUUCAUCUACUCACCGUGUCUGUGUAGUUGAAGAGCACCAAGCGGAAAUAGAAGCGGCAUCACCCAGAAACCAAUUUGAUCCAGACCUUCUAACAAUAUUUAAUGUGAACGAGCGAUACCUCCAAUUUGAGAAAAGUUGGUUCUUGGAUUUGAGGAAGAUCGCAGUUCUUCAACUAGGAAGAUGGCACAACUUAUAUCGACACCAUAUUGAAGUUGACAGUACCGAAUUUUUGGAAGGACUGCAGUCAUCCAAACAAUUGAAAUAUCUUUGCCUGAGGGGCAUCUCUAGAAUCACUGAGCUUCCUGCUUCCAUUGGUGAGCUCUCAAAUCUCAGGAUCCUGGAUCUUCAUGCUUGUCAUAACCUUGAGAGGCUGAGUGAGAGCAUCGUGUCUCUUCAGAUGCUCACCCACCUUGAUGUUUCAGAAUGUUACCUGCUGGAGGGCAUGCCAAGGGGUAUUGGCUUGCUUACUGAACUUCAAGUGCUGAAAGGGUUUGUCAUUGGUUGUUCCACAGGCAUUUACAAUUGUCGGGUAACAGAGUUAACGAGGCUGAAAAACUUGAAGAAGCUGAGCAUAUAUAUUGGAAGCAAAGUUGCAGUGACAGAAAACGAACUGAACGAGCUUGAGAAUAUCAAAGGUCUUUGCGUGCUGAAAAUUACAUGGGCUGUGUCACUGUCAAAGAAAGGAGGAGCCCACCAAACUUCUGAAGCAACAUCAUUGUUAACUUCGCUCUCCCUACCUCCAAAUCUCGAAAAGCUAGACCUGCGCUGCUUCCCUGGAGAGAAGAUGCCAGGAUGGUUAAGUCCAAGUAUGCUGUUGAGACUGAAGAGACUGUACUUCACCGGAGGAAUGCUAAGUACUUUUGGUGACAAGAGCAUGUCAGAGGCGUGGAAUGUUGAGAUAUUGCGCCUGAAAUUCUUGAAUGAUUUAUCAGUACAAUGGACCCAGGUGCAUGAUAUAUUUCCAAAUCUAAUGUUUCUGGAGGUCUUCAAAUGUAGGAAGCUAGAAUCUUUCCAUUGUGACAAGGAUGGGGUGUGGAUGAACUGUGGCACGCAGGAAGUCAGCAAGUAGAAGGCAGGGUUGAAUCAAUUGAGCUUUUAUUAUUACUUUUUCUGUGUCACUAUAUUUGCAUCUCAUUGUCAAUAACAGUUUUCCAUGAAAAAAGAGGCGGCCUAAGUAAUAAUCUGGCAAAUAUUACAGAAUAUACAAGCACAUUGGCCGAGCAUUAUUAACAGAUA